CUCCUCGCCACUUACUACUUCCUCUCCCUCUUCCUCCCUUCGUCUUCCUCCUCCCAUCUCGCGUACACAACGAGAUAACGUGCGAGGUCUCUCGUUCUUCUCCGCCGAUUUCGGGGAGAGCUCAGCUGAGCUAGCAGCCAUGAUGGAGGCGGCCGCGGCGACGAUGCUGGAGGCCGGGGUGGGCCGGUUCCGGGGGCCGAGCCUCGCAGCGCUGCUCGCGGAGAUGUGGGCGCCGCUGGCCGUCGCGCUGGCGGCGCUCGCGACGCUGCCCAGCCUGCUCGGCAGGCUGCAGGUGCUCAUCCUCCGCCUCCGCUCCCGCGGGAAGGAGGUCAUAUCGUCGCACAUCUCCACCCACUACUCCUCCGGGGACGACGAGUCCGACUCCGACGGCGAGGGCGAGGACGAGGACGAGAGCUCCGAUGAGGCGGCCACCAGCUCCUCCGGUGAGGAGGAGGCUGUGAGGAGGAUCGGGUACUUCGAGGGCGCCGCCGACGGUCUCGACGGCUGCUUCCCGUGGGGCGGCGCUGUCGUGCGGACGUGGCAGGAACUCCCGCGGCGGUUCUCCGGCGUCGGCUGCGGGGGAGGAGCCAGGUUCCCGUCCGGAGGAGGUGUGCAGGCGGUGAGGCUGUGGGGUGCCAGCACGGCGAACGGAGAGGGCAGUGGCCAGGCGUGGUGGGACGCCGAUGACAGCGGCCGUGGAGCGGUCGCAGAGGCGGCGCCGGUGGUCCUCGGGUGGCGGCGCGAGCACGCGGUGCGGAGGCGGCAUCGGCCCGUCCGUGUCCUGCCCUCCGCCGAGUAAAAAAAAAGUCUGCAACGGAGAGUGGUAGGUGUGGCCGUGUGAAUGUGAAUAUGCUUGGCGGAGAUGCUGAUUCCCGUGCGGCCCCACCUGUCGGUGGGCCGAAUAAGCGGGUGAUUGCUAGGGGUGGUUAGGAGAGACGGUGUUGAUGAUGAUUACUAUUCAAACUUUGCUUAUCUGGAAAGCAAGACCAGAAGAAGAUCGGCUCCUGCAGUGCAGUUGGGCCGAUCUUCAUUUGUACCACUAUUCUUUGAGACGGAAAUGCUCGAUUGCGCAUCGAUCGCUCCUUCUUCCAAAAUUUCCAAUGUCGUGGAAAGUUGUUCCUGUCGCUCCUUUUCGGUGGAUUAUGUCGAAGUUAAUAAAACCAUGUUGUCCAUUCA